AUGCUAAUGCCCGAUGCUAUGCCCAAGAAGCUAACAUGGUCCCUUCAGUCUAAAGUAACUCAACUCUCAACACGGUUAUUCAACCUGAAAGGGGGUAAUGUGGUAUACACACCACAAUUGAGUGAAGAACAGACCCCACAACCAAACACUGGUUCCUUCUUGCUAAUGAACCUGGCAAAAGAUACUUACAAAAGCAACCUUGUUUGCCCACUUCUACCAAAGAUCCAACCCACCCAUGCCACACUACUUGUUGAUCUCUCCUCUGCCUCUGCUUCUGCCUCUGCUUCUGCCUCUUUCUCUUCCAAUUCUGGUAGACCUCAAUUUAAUCUUGAUGUAUUCAUCAAUGCUGCUAACAGGAGUAUUGAUAUCAUCAAAGAAAAUGACACUGGAAAAAUAAGGACAAGAGUUUCCCAAGUAUCGAGACGUACUGCUCAGCAUCAUAAUAAAAGAGCUAGAUUUGAAGCUGAAAAGAGAAGCAUGAAAGUAGAUACUGAAAUAAUCCCAACGUAUCAAUCUGAUUCUGUGGAAGCAAUGGAUGGUCAGACCAACUCACCUAUUUUGGAUACCGUCUCAACGUUUGACAAUGACGUCUUUGUUGGUAAUGACUACAAUGGUGAUGAGUCUGACACAACUGAUGACAAUGACAGUGAUGACAAUGGCGAAGAAGACACUGCCAAGAUUUAUGUUGGAGAAUUUAACAAUGAGGACCCUUUUGCUGCUUCUGGUAUACCUGAGAAUCCAGUGCACAGAUUUAUUGCUACUUUUACAGUACUUUUUGCAUCUUGUUAUGUGGUCAAUAAGGGUUCUGUUGUCUUGAUUGAGUUUAUCAACGAGCUCUUAAAAAUUUAUGGACAAGAUUUCCAACUUCCCAAAAGUCUGGCUGGGCUAUAUAAAAUGACUGGCUUUUUGUCUAUCACCAAAGACAUCAAGCGAUUUGUGUCAUGUCCAGACUGCCAUUGCAUCUAUGAAGAAAACAUGUCCGUACCUUCCCAUUGUGUUUUCACAAAUGUUGGUGCACACUCUCCUUGUGGUUGUAAGUUGAUGAAAGAGCCAACUUCAGGUGCACUGAACAUGGAGCUUAACAUUGUCAAUACUAUGUGUGACAUAUACAAUGGAGCAAUAUGGAAAGAGCUGAAGGAUGCAAGUGGUGUCUCGUUUGUUGCUUGUCAUUGCUCAUUGAUGUUGACACUCAACAUAGACUGGUUUCAGCUGUUCGAUGGAGUUAGUUGCUCUUCUAGUGCAAUUUACUUGGUUGUAAAUAAUCUGCCUCAAGAGGCAUGGUUCAAGCCUGAGAACACAAUUCUGGCUGGUCUGAUGCCUGAUGAGAUGAAACAGUUGUAUAUUGGAAUGCAAGUCCCAACCUACGAGUGUCCUUCUAGUGCUAAUAUUCAUGCUGCCUUGCUGAUGGUUGCGUGUGACAUCUUUGCUGCCAGGAAAACAAGUGGAUUUACAGCCCACAAUAGUACAUGUGCGUGCUACAACAGUGUAGAGAACAGGUUGCAUGCUGAGAAGUGGAAGAGUGCGUGUACACCCUUAGAAAGGCAUCAGCUGGAGGUCGAAUAUGGUGUUCGAUGGUCACAGUUAACAAUCAUUGAUCCCAUGCAUAAUUUAUUCUUGGCAACGCUAAAGAAAAUGAUGGACCAGUGGGACGAUAAGAAAACGAUUGGAGCCGAAGAGUUUGCUGUCAUAGAAAAAAUUGCAGAGACAAUAGUCCUUUCAAGGGAUUAUACAAAGCUGACAUCAAAGAUUGGAAAAGGCUUUCCUUACAUGAAAGCCGAUGACUGGAAAUCCUGGGUACUGGUGUAUUCUCCUGUUCUGCUGCAUGGUCCAAGCAUCAUAUUUGAUGAAGUGAACAGUGCCCACGACUAUCUAGAAAUGUUUUGCAAAAAGGCUACCAAACUCUACACUCCUACUAUCCUCACCUGCAACAUGCACCUGUGCCUCAAUCUUUGCAAGACCAUUUAUAAUUUUGAGGCAACAUAUAUGAGAAGUUUUGUUCAAAACCCAUUCAAGGGUGACUAUGGCAAUACUGUUCUGAAAAGUUCUGGCCACGUCCCCCUUUUCAACAUUCUCUCAAAGCUUUCUCCGAAAUUCACACCUACUACCACAGUUAUUACUCUCUCCUCCUGUUCAUUCCAAUUGCAAUCAUUCUUACUAGCAUUAUCCAACUCACAUCUUCCUCCAAAGGGUAACGAAUUUCUCCCUCCUUUGACUUUUCUUCUUCAGAUAAAAAAAUCAUCACUGAUGGAUGAAAUCAACUCUGCCCAUCUGCUUCAGCACUACAAAACAUCCUAUGAUCUUCCCGACCUUGUCAGUUACCAGUAUGCCACGCUCACAAACUUCUUUGUUGACAAUGAAAUCACAAAGUUGAAGUUCAUUGACUUACUUGAUCAACAGUACCGUGAUAAAAACGGUUCAGCUAGUUGUGGUUCUCUUGUCUACGUAAUAUUUGUUGGUAGGGAUGGUAGAAAUACCAUAGUCUAUGCUGGAAAAAUACAUUAUCUCUUCACAUACUGCUUUACACACCCUUCUAACCGCAAUCUCCAUCUGACUCGCAUGGUUCACAAUCAUUGA